AUGAAAUGCCAACGUAUUUUCACUGUGAUGUGCUACAACGUUCUCUGUGAUAAGUACGCCACUCGGCAGAUGUACAGCUACUGCCCGAGCUGGGCCCUGAACUGGGACUAUCGGAAAAAGGGCAUACUCGACGAGAUUAAGCACUAUGGCGCCGACAUUAUAAAUUUACAGGAGGUGGAGAUGGAGCAGUUCUACAGCUAUUUUCUGCCCGAACUGAAGUUGGACGGCUACAACGGCAUCUACUCGCCCAAGUCGAGGGCGAAGCACAUGGCCGAAACCGAAAGGAAAUACGUGGACGGAUGCGCAAUAUUUUACAGAACAUCGAAAUUUACAUUGAUCAAAGAACAUCUAGUAGAAUUCAAUCAAUUGGCAAUGGCUAAUGCUGAUGGCUUGGAACACAUGUUGAACAGAGUGAUGCCAAAGGAUAACAUUGGUUUAGCUGCUCUAUUACAAACCACUGAAGCUGCUUGGGAAAAUACGCCGUCGGACGCAUCGUUCGUCCAACAACCGAUCCUGGUGUGCACCGCGCACAUCCACUGGGAUCCCGAAUUCUGUGAUGUAAAGUUGAUUCAGACGAUGAUGCUGAGCAACGAGCUGAAAAGCAUCCUGGACGAGUCGGCGCAGACGCUGAAGGCGAACGACGUGAACGUCGCCGACCCGAGCAACAUACAGCUGGUGCUGUGCGGCGACUUCAACUCGCUGCCCGAUUCGGGCGUGAUCGAGUUCCUGAGCACGGGCCGGGUGUCGCAGAACCACAAGGACUUCAAGGCGCUCAGCUACAAGGCCUGCCUCGAAAAGAUCCUGAGCUGUGAUAAACCAAAUGAAUUUACGCAUUCCUUCAAGCUUGCGAAAUCGCUAGCAUUUGCAUGUAGCACUUUAUCAGUAUCAUCUAAAUUAAAAUGCUUUGGACAUUUUAUAAAAAGCCAAGAAGAAGUGAGGACGUACAAUUUUAUUACGAUGUAUUUCAACUCGGAAAACGACAUAACUUACGUACACAGUUUACUAAAAUUUUCUGGAUUCCUGUGCAUAUCGCCACCGGUGAAGUACAAAAACCCCAAAGAUGUGAAGAGAUACAAGUGGUCGGCCUUUUUGUACAUCAUCAUGUUACUUACCGGAACCACAAUCACAAUGUAUGGAAUUAUAAAAUAUUUGGUACCCAACGUGAAAAAAUCCAGUGCAGUUCUUAGUUUGAUAACCACUUUGACGCUGUGCUUGCUAAACAUAAUAACAAUAACGGUUUCUUUGAUGAAUAUAAACACAUGGAAUACUUUUAUAAGUUUUGUUCAAUACAUCGACAAGAAACUGAACAAAUAUUCGGGGAGCUGUAAAAGCAACUACACCAUAUUGUAUGGGGAAAUGUCCAUAAUACACGUUGUUUUAAUUUCUAUGUUUGGAUAUGAUGCGUACAUAAUUUAUAUCAACUACGGAUGGAACGUUUUUAAGUACUACAUCUUUAAAUACGUCCACUUUUAUUAUUGCUUCGUCAGUAUAAUAGUCAUACUGCAUUUUGCUUCAGCUCUAAGAAGCAGAUUCAAAAGAAUAAACAAUUUGUUGAUAAAAACCAACGAUUUGCACAACAUAAUUAAUUAUUUUAUACCAAAUGGGGUGCCGCAUAGAAUUGACAACUUGAAAAGCAUCAAUGAAGUUACCGAGUUUUAUUUACUGCUUACUGAAUUGGUGGAUAUGUUCAACAAAAUUUUUGGGAAGAUAUUCAAGUGUUUUGGGUUGUUUAUACCUUUUGGAACUGACGCUUUUACAAAGGAAGACAGUGUUAAUGUUUUUCAAAAAAGUUAUGCCGUGAUUUUAGCGGUGGUGGUUUUAAUAUUGUAUGUGGCUUUGAUGGUGCACGGAGCUAUUUACCGAUUUAAAUUGACUAGAAGUUCAAAUGUGCUUUUGACAGUUUUAGUAAAAACAGCAUUAACAAUUAUGGCGUGUGUGGCGAUUUUGGGGAACGCGUUCUGGAACAGAAACUAUUGGAAUCAGUAUUUAAAGUUGUUAAAAUUGUUGUAUGGUAAACUGGGUAAAAGUAUAGACCGGCAUAGGUUUUAUUUUUCCUUAGAGUUUAUUUUGGGGCAUGUAGUAUUUUUCCUUGUGGUAGCUUUGGAUCAAUAUAUGUGGUAUGACGACGACAACAGAAAUAAUAUUAACCUAGUUCCUAUUUUUAUCAAGAAUCUCCUAUUUUACUAUGCCUUUAUGAUGACAGUUAUUAUUUAUAAUACAGCCCUCAUCCUCAAGUACCAAUUCCAUCUAACAAGAUUGCACAUUGCUAAAGCUUUGAAUAUAAAAGUUGAAAAUGAUUCUUACGUAUUUAAACUCUACGAAGAGAUUGCAAUUUUACCGAAACCUGUAUUAAACAAUAAAACAGUUGAUGUACUCUUGGAUACAUCAAAAAUUGUUACAGGUUUAUUUGAACUGGUCGUCAUAUUUAAUAAUUUGUUUGGACAUGUUAUCCUGGUUAUAACUUUCAGUACAGUUCUGCAAACUUUGAAAUGUUUAAACGAACUUUUGAUAUUGGGAGAAAUGGGAGAAUUGGAUGUCGAAAUCGUAUCCAGCUGCAUUCUUGAAGCUGUUGUGUUUGUGCUCUUAAAUAUUUUGUGGCAGAUGUUGCAUGUGUGCGUUUCAUCUGCGUGCAUGGUCUUGUGGGCGGAUAAGGCUGCCGAAUUUUUACCGGAGUAUUCACACAAUUCGCAUUUGUACCGUCUAUCGUCGCUGUGA